GCGACGCUGGCGCAGCACGACAGUCGGCUACCGACCGCCCAGCUGUUCAGACGUGCGUGGGAGGCAACUGCUGCAGCGGUCGAGCAAACAUGUGGACGAUCCGGGAGACGUGCGUCACGAUGGAGGAGGAGAUGAAGAGGAACCCGGAGCUCAACCAAGCUGACCUGGACCACCUCAAGGCGUGGCUUUCCAAGCAGCCCCACCUUCCUGACAUCGACGACCUGCAGCUGGUGCUGUUCCUGCACAGCUGCCACUACCGGCUGGAGGCGGCCAAGAACACCAUCGACGCGGCGUACACGGCGCGCACCCACAUGCCCGACCUCUUCACCGACCGUGACCCGCUGCUGCCCGUCAACGUCGCCACCAACGAGUACCUGUACGGGAUGGCGGGCAGGUCCCCGGACGGCGACUGCGUGGUGCUGAUGCGGCUCCGCAACACAGACCCGGCGCUGCUCAACUACUCGGACUGCUUCCGCGCCUUCUUCAUGCUGCUGGACGUGUGGCAGCGCCGCGAGGGCACCGCGCCCGGCCUCGUGCUCAUCUUCGACAUGAGCGGCGUCGUCUUCGGCCACCUGCUGCGGCUCACGCCGGGCCCGCUCUCCCGGUUCCUCUACUACCUGCAGGAAGCGCUGCCUGUCAGGAUAAAGGCCAUCCACUACAUCAACGUCGUGCCUUUUAUGGACAAAUUCCUCGCCCUCAUGAAGCCUUUCAUGAAGAAGGAGCUCAUCGACAUGCUGCACCUGCACACGGAAGGGCUGCACACGCUGGAGCCGUUCGUCCCGCUGAAGCUGCUGCCCAAGGACGUGGGGGGCGAGGGGGAGACCCUGGAGGCUAUCAGAGAGAAGACGAUGGAAGUGAUGAAGGCAAACCGUGACUUCCUGGUGGAGGAGGAGAAGCGACGUGUGGACGAGUCCAGGCGGCAGGGGAAGCCGAAAGCCGGGACCCCGGAGACCCUGUACGGGGUGGAGGGGUCCUUCAAGAAGCUGGACAUUGACUGACCACACAGGGCAGCAGCGUGCGACUGGACAGCAGCAUCUGCUGACCAACUUCCCAUCAGCCCAGGGCAUGGGGUUACCUCCAUUACCAUGACUGGUGACGGAUUAGUUAUAGCAGUAGCAGUGGUGUUUGUACAAGUAUGGAUGCCGCCUCACAGAAAGACGUGUGCAGGCCCCCUUGGUAUUGCUGUUAGCGUUAGGAUGUAUUAUUGUGAAGCUUAUGUGUACAUUACUACUAUGGUUGAAUGCAAAAACGUCAACUGCAGACACUAUUUUGCUUCCACAUUUCUCUAGCUAUACUAUAGACAUAGCAUUUUUUUCACAUUACUAUCCUUACUCUAAAUUUUCAGUUUUGUUACUUAUCAAGACACACACCACCUUAUGUUCUGUACUCACCCCUUAUGAUCGCUGUUAUUUACAAUUGAACAACUAAUUUUCUCCACGAUUUUUGUUAAGAUUCUUCCUAUUAUAUGUUACUUAUUUGUAUAAUUACUACCUAAAAUAAAAAUUUUUGGAUAAAAAUUGGAA